AAUCUCUGUGGCUUGGUCAUCAGGCACGCGCACACAGUAUUGUAGCGUCUGCAGCUCGAAUAAAGUCGGAACAGAGUGAGGAUAUGAAUCACUUGCUAACUUUGCGUGUCCUCGUGUAGCGUGGUGUGUCCAUCCGCGUCUCGUUUAGCUGGUUUAAUAUCUACAAGUGUUUCAAGUGGCCGACUUGCUCCUCGCCGUUGUGGCGGAGGGAGUGCAAGUAAAUGAAAGCGUUGUUUGGAGCCGUUGGACAAAGAGCUUUUCUUCCCUCUACCAUUGUUACUGAGCGGAGCGCCUGUUUUCUAACGUACUCAGAGGUGGUUUCCGACUGUUAAAGUGAGGGGCGGCCAUUGCUCCAGUCAUGACCUCUGGGAAUGGAAACACUAACAGCAGCCAGCACAGUGGAGAGAGCAAACCAGCCCAGGCCCUAGUCAAGUCCCACAUCCUCACCCAUUUGAUAGAAGGUUUCGUUAUCCAGGAGGGUGCUGAACCUUUCCCUGUGGAACGUCCAUCUUUCUCAAUCGAAAGCCUUAGGAGACACACAGCAGACUCAAAGAUGGACGGCCUGUCAGCAAAAGAGUUGAAGACCCAGCAGGAGCCCAUGCUGACCUGUGAGCUGUGUGGCAAAGUGGACUUCGCUUACAUCUUUAAAAGGUCCAAGAGGUUCUGUUCUACAGUGUGUGCCAAACGCUACAAUGUGGGAUGCACAAAGAGAAUGGGCCUCUUCCCAAACCGCAAAACCACCCUGGAGAACAUGAAGAAACAAAAAGCACUGAAUGGAAACCACAAAAACAGUUUAGAGUCUAAAAAAAAGGCUACAGCCUCAGUGCAGAAGCCUGCUGCGUCCGCUCUGUCCUCUGGUCACUCAGUCCACCCUGCGCAGGGAGAGUCCAGUCAGUGUUCAGACUUGUCUGGCUACAAAAGACCCCUGUCCCCCCUGUUGGCCAACCAGCAGAUGCCUGCGGCGCGAGGCUCUGAGCUGUCCCUGUUGCCCUACAGCUUCCUGCCCAGCGACCCUGGCCGGUGGAACAUUGAGGACGUCUAUGAGUUCAUCUCCUCUCUGCCUGGUUGUCUGGAGAUAGCUGAGGAGUUCCGUUCUCAGGAGAUCGAUGGACAGGCCCUGCUGCUGCUGAAGGAGGACCAUCUCAUGGGAACCAUGAACAUCAAACUGGGCCCUGCGCUCAAGAUCUUUGCCCAGAUCAGUAUGCUCAAAGACUCAUAGCCCUUCUCACCCCUGACACACACACACACACACUCUCACACACUGCUCUCAAGAACAGUUCUGCUGUGACUGGAUAAAAACACAAUGUGCUCAGGAUCACACAUGUUGACUUUGAGUUCAGGUACCGGGCCCAGAAUUGUUUUAUGGCCUGCAGAACCUGAGGACAUCAGCUGGGACUGUUGGCUCACUUUUUACACUGAAAACUUCACUCUGGCACUGCUUGGACACUGAAUUUCAAGAGAGGAUGUGCGAAGAGCAGGGCUGAGAACCAACAUCCAGUUCCAGUUUAGAACCGAAUCCAAAAUGCAAUGCAAAAAUUUGAAUUUCAGUUCUAUUUAUCGGUUUCAAAACUCUUAACCCUUCAUUGCUGCAAACAAAUGCCACAUGGGCGAGAACGUGGCUGUCUUUCAGGACUUGUCUACUCCCUGCAUCAACAGAACAGCAUGCCAGUUUGUUUCCAUACAAGACUGCAUGGCUGACGGGACAGUCGGUGUGAGAGAUGGUAAGUGCUCAAAAGUGUGGUUUCACUUUAAAAAAAAGAAAGCAUCAAGGCAAAGUGCACUGCAUGUGGGAAGUAAUUAGAUGCAAAUGGAAGGUCAAACAUGGAAGUCAGCGUGGUGUAACGUUCAGUGUUCACACCCUCGUUUCCCCAGCUCUGCGAGAGCAGCAUUCUCCCAUGUGUGUUAUCAGUGCUAUCACUUUGCUGGCAUGUCUGAGGCUCAGAGGGGAGUCGAGUGUUUCCUUUUGUUAUGUCGUCUAUGUACCACAAGGUGGCAGCAUUUGGGUAGAAAUAAAAAUGGACUUUAUGGACAUUUAGUUAAACAAAAAGUCAAAAUAAGAUUGUUUUUGUUUUCUAAACAUUUGAUCUUUGUUCUGUUUUUGUUUUUUUUUUUAAACAUAUGGGAGUCAUCAGCAUGUCAGCAUCUUCAUGUAGGCUCUAAUCCAGUGCACACGUUUGAAACGUGUCCUCCAAGCGUACUGCAGGAAGUCAUAUAAACAGAACUACUAUGUGUCUGGUGUCCACAGUUCUCUGAAUCCAUUGGGAGUAUAAUCCAGGUCUUAGCUCUGCUCCAGAGCUUACUCUACCUAUUCCGGUCAUACUUUAUCUGUCAGCUCCUAGAUGAGCUCAUGAGCAAAAGACAGCAGCAGUGAAACAAAAAAAUGCUCUUACUCUGACCAAGAAAUGACUCUUCCAUUGAACUCUUCCAUGUACAAUCAGUGAGGGAAAAAGAAAUCUUGUGCCAUCUUUGAUUGUACAUAGAGAUUGUGCCUCAAAUUCAAAGAGGGACCCUCAAACGGCUGAAUUUCAAGGUCAUCAGAUAUCGCCAAAGGAGUGUUCCAAUGUCCAGGAUCCUUCAAAUUCAGAAAAGGAUUAGUCCUUCAGUUCACACUGAGAUUUUUCACAGAUGCCUGUAUGUGUCCUUGGCACACAGAAAGUUCCUGCAGUCUUUUGACUGACAAAUUGCAAACAGGGUUAUUGCCAUCACCUGUCAGCUAUGCACACAAUGCUUUCUGGGUCUCAGUGACACACACUGUCCUGUUCCCAAACACAUAUUUUCUGCAUGCUAAUAAGGAGUCUUGCCUAGCCUCUCUAGGACCUGACUUGGAAGGACCCGACCUACCAAGGAAACUUACUUGACUUUGAGAAACAGUUGGUGUGUGUGUGUGUUGACCUCAGUUUUCUGUGAAGCGUGUGUGUGCAUGUGACUGAAAGAUCCCAGAGAUGACAUUCCUGCAUCAAAACAGAUGUUCUGGACACAACGGCACACUGAGAACAAACACUGUUAAAUAUGAUGACCAUAAUAUGAACCUCGUGUUGCGUUAAAACUGUUUUCUGGGUCGAGGCUGAUUUAUACUUCUGUGUCACAGCGUGUGUCUGUCCAGGAGAUGAAGCCGUAUGUAAUGUGAGAGGAUCCAGCAUCUUUGUGUAAUAGUUUGUGAGGGAACUUUUAUGAGAAGGUGAUUUGAUUCUGUCAUUUGUUCAGGCGAUGUAUAUUUGUUUUCCCUUCAUGUCAUGCUUGUUGAUUGUGGACACGUUAUUUUUUUUUCUUCCAUGUAGCAAAGCCGUGUUAAUGCAGACGUCACGUUCACCCGCAGUGGUACAGCUGUGUAUCAGAAACUAGAGAUGAAUGCAGAUGAGGAUUUUCUCAUCUUUCACACUGCCUGAUUACACAAAUGUCCCCACUGUGGGACACAAAAAGGAAGUUCUUCUUAUCACUGUAAUAUCACAGCUGAAACACUAAAAUGGCAGACACCAUGCACACAGGGAGUGACUGCCAGAAGUGCCUACAGUGACAUCUUGAUGCAGAAACAUAAUUCAGGCUUGAAACAUUAAUAAGUGUCAAAGCUAUGGAUAGUUUCUAUUGUUUUAUUACACGUAUACCAAAGUCACAAGUUUUUCUGCUGAACUGCUGUGUUAAAGCUGAGGUACCCAGUAAUGAUGUCCCGUUUUGUUUUGUUUUUCUUACUACAAAUACCAUCAAAUGUUUCAAAAAUUGUAUUCCAAAUUCAUCUAUUUCUGUAAAGGCUGCAGGAAAUUCAUCAAUAUCAUGAAAAAUAAGGUUCUCGUGUCGUUAUUUUAACCCAUCGUAGUUUCGAGUAGUUGUAUUGCAAAACUACUGAGACCUGUUACCUCACACAGUUUAUAAUUUGCUUCGCUGUCCCUUUGUUAGCAGGGGUGUUGUUUGUUCACAGUGUCUUAUUGUGGAAUAAAUCUGGUUUGUUUACUGGCA